AUGCUUCGGUGCCAGGCCAGGGCCAGGGCCCCGAGCGCAGUUGGCACGCUCCAACGCUCUCUCACGCAGGCGCGUCAGAGCGCGGUGCAGGGGGCUGCCCCUGCAGGGAUCCAGAGUGAAGGCUCCACUUCAUUCAGGCCUGAGCAGGGAGCCAACGAGUUCUACCUCGUGGUUGCUAGCGCCUUACCCUCCCGGAGAGGUGUUAAGAGCAAGAGUGUGGGGGAGACUAGUCCGCGAGUCACGGCGGGUGAGCUGAACCUCAAGGCUCUGCGGAUCACUUAA